AUGAAUUCUCAAUUCUCCCACCCUGUUAUGGAGUGGGUUGACUCAAACUUAAUCCACGAAAUUGCACUUGAAGACCAGAAAACUGAGUCUUCCGUGCAACAAAUUACAGAAAUUUUAAAAAAUCCUUCUUCGGUCACCCCUCGAACACUUUCUGAACAGCAAAAAUCCUCAAUAAUGACAAUGAUGAACACAAUGUGCCAACAAGCCACCAAAGUUUUGGAAGAAACAUCUGAAGAAACAGAAAAUUCUUUGAAACAUUCACCGACUGAUGAAGAAUUAUUUAAUAUGGAGAAAUUCCCUCCACCAUUAACGCUCAAAUUCAGAAAAUCUCACGAUGAAUUAAUAGAAAAUGAAAAAUUCAAUCAAAAUAGAGUGGAAAAGCUGAAACAAAAAACAACAACCAUAAACAAAACAGAGUCUGAAGAGAUCAAAGCCCAAGGAAAUGUAAUUUAUAAGUCAGGAGACUUUGGCGGAGCUAUUGCAAAAUAUAAUUCUGCAAUUUUCCAUAAUCCAUUGAACCAUAUUAAUCACUCAAACAGAGCAUCAGCAUAUCUGGCUACAGAGCAUCCAAGUAUGGCAAUUUCCGAUUGCCAGUGGACUUUGGAAUUAAAUAGUGAUUUCGUGAAAGCUUAUGUUCGCAUGGGAAAGGCAUACAUGGACUCUGGCAAGAUAUUUAAAGCUUUAGACUACUACGAUAUCGCUAUCAAUAAAGAUCCUCAAUAUGAAGAGGCACUUCUCGCAAGAGAAGAAGCUAUUGAUGAGAUGAACAGAAUGACACCCAACAAUACAGAUAAUAUACUGGCAAGGCGCUUCUUUGGAGUUGAAUAUGAAAUUCCUGAUUACGACAAAAAAUUACUCCAAAACCUUAUCGAUUUUAGCAUUCUUUCAUACAAUUGA